AUGACCUCCACGAUCGACCCGAAGGCGAUUGGGAAACCCGCCCCCAAGCGCAGGCAUGUCAGGUCCUUGACAGGUUAUACCCCCGAAACUGACGAAUCGGGCAAGGAAAAAUGGCCGAGAGGCGACGAGAAAGUAUGGAAGGAGAGCAUGCGCGAGCUUGACAAAGACGUGCCGUCAAUUGCCAAGUCUAUUGUCAACCAAGUCCAGACGUCGCUCGCUCGCCAGGCAUACAACCUGGACAACCUCGGAGCAUACCAGGCCGCUGCAUUGGCCGUGCGAGACAAUCUGAUCCUAAACUGGAACGACACCCAACUGCACUACACGCGCAAGGAACCGAAGCGCGCGUACUACCUCUCACUCGAGUUCCUGAUGGGCCGCACGCUCGACAACGCGCUGCUCAACCUCGGGCUGAAGCAGCCCUACAACGAGGCAGUCAAUAAGCUCGGGUUCGCGCUCGAAGACCUGCUCGAGCAGGAGCGCGACGCCGGGCUCGGAAACGGCGGGCUGGGCCGGCUCGCCGCUUGCUACCUCGACUCGAGUGCGAGCCAGGAGCUGCCCGUGUGGGGCUACGGCCUGCGCUACAAGUACGGCAUCUUCCAGCAGCACAUCUCGCCCGAGGGCGCGCAGCUCGAGGCGCCCGACCCCUGGCUCGAGCACGACAACCCGUGGGAGCUCCCCCGCCUCGACGUCACGUACGAGGUGCGCUUCUAUGGCCACGCGGAGAGGCUGGACAAUAUGAAGGCGGUGUGGAGCGGCGGCCAGGAGGUGCUGGCGAUGGCAUAUGAUACGAUGAUCCCUGGGUAUGAGACGAAGAGCACGAACAACCUUAGGCUGUGGGAAAGCAAGCCGAAGCGUGGCUUCGAUCUGAACAGCUUCAAUGCCGGUGACUACGAGCGUGCCGUCGAGUCCUCCAACAGCGCAGCAGCGAUUACCUCCGUUCUGUACCCCAAUGACCACACAACAUUCGGCAAGGAGCUGCGUCUCAAGCAGCAAUAUUUCUGGACCGCUGCCAGCUUGGCCGACAUCAUGCGUCGUUUCAAGAACUUGGACAAGCCAAUCACCGAGUUUCCUGACUACGUUGCAAUCCAGCUUAAUGACACCCACCCUACGUUGGCUAUCCCUGAACUCAUGCGCAUCCUCGUCGACGAAGAGGACGUCCCUUGGGACUUGGCCUGGCAAAUCACGACGAACACAUUCUUCUUCACGAACCACACUGUACUACCGGAAGCGUUGGAGAAAUGGCCCGUCCCUUUGAUGUCACACUUGUUGCCCCGCCACAUGCAGAUCAUCUUCGACAUUGUAAGUUUCAUUCUCUGCAUCUUGAAGAAGUUCCCAGGUGAUCGUGACAAGCUGGCUAGGAUGUCGCUCAUCGAGGAAGGCUACCCUCAACAAGUGCGCAUGGCGAAUCUUGCUUGCAUCGGAAGCCGGAAGGUCAAUGGUGUCGCGGAGCUCCACUCGGAACUGGUUAAGACCACAAUCAUGAAGGACUUCGUCGACUUCCACGGUGUCAGCAAGUUCUCGAACGUUACGAACGGCAUCACCCCGCGCAGGUGGCUCGACCAGUGCAACCCCGGCCUCAGCCAGUUGAUCAGUGACACCCUGAAGUUGCCUAAGGCGGUAUUCUUGAAGGACCUGUACAAGCUCGAGGGUUUGCUGAAGCAUGUGGACGACCCGAACUUCCAGAAGAAGUGGGCAGUGAUUAAGCAGAGCAACAAGGAACGCCUCGCGCGGUACGUGGAGGCAACGCUGGGUCUCAAGAUCAACACGCACGCCAUGUUCGAUGUCCAGAUCAAGCGGCUGCACGAGUAUAAGCGUCAAACCCUGAACAUCAUGGGCGUCAUCCACAGAUACUUGACCCUCAAGGACAUGACGCCCGCUGAGCGCAAGAAGGUCAACCCGAAGGUGGUUUUCUUUGCUGGCAAAGCAGCGCCUGGGUACUACGUGGCGAAACUGACCAUCCGCCUCAUCGUGAACGUCGCGCGUAUCAUCAACGCCGACCCGGACACGAAGGACCUCCUCCAGCUCUACUUCCUUCCUGACUACUCCGUGUCACUCGCUGAGGUCUUGAUUCCCGCGUCGGACAUCAGUCAACAUAUCUCCACAGCUGGCACGGAGGCGUCUGGCACGUCGAACAUGAAGUUCUGUCUCAAUGGUGGUCUCUUGGUAGGAACCGUCGACGGCGCGAACAUCGAGAUCGCGGAAGAAGUCGGCGAAAACAACGUCUUCUUCUUCGGGCAUUUGACCCCUGCGGUCGAGGAUCUGCGCUACCAGCAUAUGUAUCAUCCUGUCCCUGUUGAGCAGAAGUGCCCUGCCUUGGCUCGGGUCCUGAACGAGGUUUCCGCUGGAAGGUUCGGCGAUGGCGGUGUCUACGAGCCGCUCCUCAACACCAUCCGUCAACAUGACCACUACCUCCUGACCGAGGACUUCGAUUCCUACAUCGAGGCCUUGAAGCUUGUUGAUCAGGCUUACCAGGACCGCACCGAGUGGAUCAAGAAGAGUAUCCGGACGACCGCGAAGAUGGGCAAGUUCAGCUCAGAUCGUGCAAUUGUUGACUAUGCCCAAGAAUACUGGAACAUAGAAAGCACGAAGCCAGAGUAG